CACACCAUCAUAAUAAAUGUCUUCUCAUCACCUUCUACUUUCUAUAUAAUUUAUAUAAACAAACUUGAUUGUGAGAAAAUUAUUAACAAUAUUUCUUUGAAAACAUAAAAUAGAAAAGAGAGAAGGAAAGAUGGUUGUCACAAGUAACAUGGCUAUGAAUAUGGGCAUCAAAUGUUGUGUGAAGGAUGAUCUUUUUACUCCUUAUCAAUUGGGAAAAUUCAAUCUAUCUCACAGGGUAGUAUUGGCACCAAUGACGAGAAGCAGAGCAAUAGAUGAAAUGCCAAAUGAAGCACUUGAGAAGUAUUACACCCAACGUUCCACUCCUGGUGGCUUACUUAUUACUGAGGGCACUCUCAUCUCCCAAACUGCUGGAGGGUUCGCGCAUUGUCCAGGGAUCUACACAGAACAACAAGUGGAAGCAUGGAGGAAAAUAGUAGACUCAGUUCAUGCUAAGGGUGCUAUUUUCUUCUCUCAAUUGUGGCACGUUGGUCGGGUUUCUAACCAAGUGUAUCAACCUGAUGGAGGUGCGCCAAUAUCAUCAACAAAUAAAGUUUUAUCAGAAAAGUGGCGUAUCUUAAUGCCCGAUGGUUCACACGAAAAAUGCACCCCGCCACAAGCCCUGACUCCACCUCAAAUAUCAGAGGUCGUCGAACACUAUCGCCAAGCUGCUCUCAAUGCCAUUCGUGCUGGUUUUGAUGGAAUAGAGAUACAUGGAGCACAUGGUUACCUAAUAGACCAAUUUCUCAAGGAUGCAAUCAACGAUCGAACCGAUGAAUAUGGUGGUCCAUUGGAAAACAGAAUUAGGUUCCUAAUGCAAGUAGUACAAGCCGUUGUAGAAGCCAUAGGAGCCGAGAAAGUAGCCGUAAGAAUCUCACCAGCCAUAGAUCACUUCGACGCCCUUGAUUCCAACCCGCUAGCAUUAGGCCUAGCCGUUGUCAAUGGACUCAACAAGCUACAAUCCGACUUGGGAUCAAAGCUCGCCUACCUCCAUGUGACCCAACCCAGGUUCACGGCCCAAGGCGUGGUUGAUAAGCCAGCCGAAGAAGCCGAAGCUGAUGCUCAAUUGUUGAGGAAAUUAAGGGAUGCAUAUGAAGGGAGUUUUGUGAGUAGUGGUGGGUAUACUAAGGACCUUGGGAUGGAAGCUGUGGCUCAAGGGGAUGCUGAUUUGGUUGCAUUUGGACGUCUUUUUAUCUCUAAUCCUGAUUUAGUGCAUAGAUUGAAGAUUGAUGCACCAUUAAAUAAGUAUGAUAGGUCUACGUUUUAUACUCAUGAUCCUGUUUUGGGUUAUACUGAUUAUCCCUUUUUAGGUGACGAAUAUGUUAAUUAAGUCCUUUAGAAAGUAGUCGCAUUAUCGUACAUGAUGAAACAGAUCAGAAGAGCUUGUGUUGUGGUUCUUAUUUGUAUGAUUUUUUUUUUCUCCCCAAUUACAUAUUAGAACAAUAAGAAGUAAUGUUGGGAAAUCUAAUCUUUAGUUUCCAAUUUCAAAUUUAU